AUGGGAGACGCAGGAAAUGGUAAGAAAAUAUUCGAGAGGUCCUGUGCCCAGUGUCACACGGUAGAAAAAGGCGGCAAGCACAAGAACGGCCCUAACUUGAACGGACUUUUCGGCAGGAAAACCGGCCAAGCUGCUGGAUUUAGUUACUCGGAAGCCAACAAAAGCAAAGGUAUAACUUGGGACGAGUCCACUUUGGACAUUUACCUGCAAGAUCCCAAGAAGUACAUUCCGGGGACGAAAAUGGUGUUCCCCGGUCUGAAGAAAGCUAAUGAAAGGAAGGAUUUGAUCGCUUAUUUGAAACAAGCUACGAGUUAA